AUGUUUAUGGCCGAUGAACCUAGAUCAUGCAAUAUAUUCCAUUUUUACAUCGGUAUUCAAUUGCCAAUAAGACGACUAGUUUAUAAGAAAAAUUGGACGCAUAAAUCUGGAGAUCUAUGGAAAAAGAAGUUCCCAAGCAUUCAGUCUAACGUCUGGCUUCUGAAAAACUCUCAUAACAUCGAUUCGUUUCAAAAGAACGGGGCAUCGAUAGAGGUCAACUAUACUUCUUCACUGCAGAAAUUAGCGAUGGAGUGUGUGGUACACAGGGAGGAUGCUCGUGCUCUCGGAGAAGUUUGCUUUUUGGCAAAUUGGUGGUUCCCCUUUCUGUUGGGCGUUCUUGCCGGAGUAGCGUGUUGCUUGCUUCCUCUGCUCCCGGCUGUCCUCAUGCUUUGUGGACACAUCAAUCGCACUCUGUCGCAACUGAUGGCAGUGCGUGAGAAGAGAUCGCAGCCGAAUUCGAACCGUGGAGUGAAUUGUUAAAUUCGUUAACCGUC